CCAGGAAUCAGACCGGAACAUGGACAGCCCGACCUCUGAGGCUUCCUUGGCGAGACGGUUGCCCGGAUGAUGGAUCGGGAGAAGACGUUCUUGACGGAAAUUGGCGAGGACAAACCGGCUAGCAGACGAGGCAGUGACUUUGAUGGAUCGGGAAGUAGCGAUGACGACGACUUUGCUGAUGACGUCAGUGACUUCGACGAAAACCACAACAGUGACUUUCGGCGGCGUGGACGAAGGAAAUCAACACCCUUUGAGUUUGAUAUCGACGCUGAUUUCAAUUUCGAUCAAGACGACGAAGAGGAUAUUCGACGUCGCUCGAAGAAACGGAAGAUUACGACCGAGAUCGUGUACUCCAAGGCGUGUGAGAAUUGUCGCCUGCCGCCCUGUGGGGCCUUCAGAGACCAGGCGACUAAGGUCUCCGUCUGUCUCCGGGGUAUGCAUCUUGGGCCCAAGGAGAUCAAGCCCAUAGCUAUAGCGUUAGUGAAAGACCGAACUAUCGUGGAGCUUGACCUGUCGGACAACAACAUGGGCCCUAUGGGGGUGAUGUAUAUAGCGGAGAUGAUGCAGGCUAACAGAUACCUUCUUGAACUGAAUCUCUCGCAGACUAAUCCCCGUCGAAGCGGCCUGAACGCGCUGGCAGAGACACUGAGAUUAAACAACUCUAUACGUUUACUCAAACUAGAAGAAAACGACAUCGACCAUACAGAUGCAUCUCACAUCGCCAGCAUUAUCAAGGUAGGCGCUUAUAAGUCUAAGGGAGGUGCCUGUGUUCUAUUCCAGUCGUGCCCUAAGCUUCAGGAAUUAUACCUGGGACACAACAGACUUGGGGCAGCGGGAGGGAAAGUCAUCGCAGAAGCUCUGAUCACAAGCACUGGGCUCCGUACACUGGACCUGCAGUGGAAUCACUUGAGACGCGAGAGUGCCGUGGAGCUUAGCAAGGCUUUGGCGAAAAACCAAGGCUUGAAAUUGCUGAACGUUGCGUGGAAUGGUUUUGCCAAGGAGGGAUGUCUAGCAUUAGCCAAAGCCCUGAAGGUCAAUACGUCACUACAAGAGCUGGACCUUACGUGCAAUAGAAUCGACUACCAGUCUCUCAGCUUCCUGGCUCACGGGCUGGUGCUCAACAAGGGUCUCCAAACAGUCAAGCUGGGACACAACCCCAUGACGACAGAGGGCGCUAACCAGCUCCUGAAGGCGAUAGCGGACUGUAAGGAGUCGAACUUGAGGGAGCUGUCUCUAGAAGACAUUGCUGUCGAUCGUGAGUUCAUGGAAACCAUGAAGGCCAUCCAGGACACCCGGAACCUCAAGGUCAUCCACGGUCACGAGAUGAAGCUGGCCACUGGCUCGGUGUCACGUGACCAUGACGGAACCAGCCUGCAGCGGUGGGAACCCACACUGGUUCUGUUUGAGUACAUGAAAAUGGACAACCUUCGUCUGAUUGAUAUGUUCAAAAGUUUCGACGUUAAGAAGAGAGACAAGUUGUCCCGCUCUAACAUUAAAGAUGGCAUCAAUACGCUGAAAAUUCCCUUCACGGAACAUAUGUUGGACGAGAUUAUGGAGAAGCUGGAUGUGAACAAAGAUGGCGUGAUAGACUUGGAAGAGAUGAUGAAAGGAGCCAAAGAAAUGUCCCGCUACGUCAACCAGCGAACGUUGAAGGCCAAGGCCAAGAAGCGAGAGGACAUGGGCCUUGUUACUCUGAGACAGACGCUGAAGAAGAUCAUCAAGAAACGUCAGGAAGAGCAGGACCAAGCAGCACAGAACGCCAGCAAGGACAGACGGAACAGUAUGAUGGCGCAGAGUGGACUGCCAGCCUUGGCGGGUAUCGUGCGUAAAAUGCAAAUCAAAGAAGGCAACAGGAGUCAGUGUGCAAGAUCCCGCUGUGGCCGAGGUGGACGACGUUGA